AUGUCUCGGUCGCCGGACUCCGACGAUUCCUUGCAGCUCUUUCGUGUCAGACUGUUCGCCCAUCCGUUCAGCUGGCGUAUCUGCUUCUACUGCGCUCGCACUGGGACAGGUGACACUCUCACCCGCAGCCUUCCCUCGCAGAGUCGAGGAGCUGCUCAGCAAGAUGGACCCCUUGACGUCGUUCAUUCCAUUAUGGAGAGAGCUCGACUCCGCUCUCAAGCCCUUCGUGCCCGCUAUGGUCUCCCAGAAAGACCGCGAGUCGACCCUAGAGCCCAACCUCGAGUCGAACUCGCUUCCACUUCUUCUGUUCCGACCACCCGUCCCACCCGUUUCACCGAGCGCAUCCGCAUUCUUGCCGAAGAAGCAGCCGCUUGUUCUGCCAAAAGCCGCGCCACACGUUCGAAACUCGCUGCCUUCGACGAAGUUGUCGCCCGUGUCAGAGCACGAAAACAGUCGACACCUUCCGCUCCUCCCAUUGACGCCACUCGCCCUGUCACUCGCGUGGAACGAGUCCGUCCCUCCGCUCCUCCUGUCAACAUAACUCAUCCUGUCACUCGCGCGGAACGACAAGCUCGGAUUUCCGCUCCUUCGGUCUUCGACCGCAUCUCCGACCUUCGCGCCGCCCAGGCCGAGCGACGCCGUUGGAUCGAUGAGAUGAUCGCUCAGCAAGAAGCACGUGCUUCGACUCGGGCCACUAGUUCCGCCGCCAUCGAGCAAUUCCGAGCCAAGCGUCAGGCACGACUCGCCAACCGAUCCCGCGAGGGACACCUGACGUCACCUCGCCCGGCCCCGACAAACAGCACCCGAAGCACGGCGAUUCCAGCUGCAGACCUGGUACGUACGCAACGUUCGACUCCGUCAGCCGACCGACUCCGCAAAGAUAAGCCAGCGAAGCGCGUUCGUUUCGGAGAUGUUACGGUGCAGCCUGUAUCUCGCUGGAUCGUGCCGACGAGACACGUGUUCAAACGUCGUUCCUAG